ACGCGAGGACGCUGCGGGAGUGCGUCACGCAGUACGACACAACGUGGCGAGAGAGGCGACCCUUGUGGCUACCUGCAACCUCCCCCCCCUCCCCUCCAAGCACUGAGAGCAACUUGCUGCUGGUGCUGCGUCACUCGAUGUCUUCGCAAGCUGGGGUCGAUGGGCGGCGAGGGGAGUGCAGCUUCCCCGAGCCGUUGCCUGGGCCCCCGGCUACGGCCGAGGAAUUCCUUCGACCCCAAAACCUGGAGAACUGGCCUCGUGCGGUCACGUGGGACACUGCUCUUCGGCUGGACAGUCCGUUUGGCAUGGAGGAGGGCAGCGCGGACGAGAACCUUCGUGCCGCUGCACCCUUGAACACGGUCCCCAAGCAGCGGCUCGAGGAGAGGGCGAGUCGCCUGGCCUGCGAGCUGCGCCUCUUAGCCGACAAGGUCCUGCUGCGUUCGACGGACGACCAGCAGCAGCAGCAGCAGCGGUGGCCCAAAACCCAGGACGCCGCGGCGGCGUACGGAGUUGGCACUUUUAUUACACAGACGGAUGAAUGUGGUGAUGUUUGGUCUCACAAGGACAGCGAACUUACUCAAAUACAGGACUGCAGCUUUCCUGAAUUUCUAGGUCCUGAUGCGGUGGCUGACCUGCCACAGAGUCUGGAUCCUGGACACUUGUUGGAGAAUUGUUUUGAUGCACAAGCAUUUCAGCCCCAUCGGCAUUGGAAACAACUGUUCACGUCGGGGUCUUCGCACGCCAUCGUUCGGGACACCUUUUGGUGGAUUUUUCUCAGCCGUUACAAGGGUGGUGCCAAUCAAGAGCUCGAGAACCAUUUGUAUGACAGAGUAGCGAAGAGCUUUGUAUCCCUACUGCUAAGUACUCCGCACAACAUGAAUAAUAAGGAUAAGUUCUUGCAGGCGUAUGUGGAGUGGCUGGCUCAGGUGCUUUACGGCGCAUUUGUCAAGGCAUUUCCUGCCUCCCGCCUCCAGUUUGGGGAUGACUUUAAAGCUGAGCUUGCCAACCUCACCUCACUCUGGAUUUGCGGAAUUCAAGCCAAGCCACUGUCGUGGAAGACAUGGGACCUGUCUUGGCUUGGAGAAUCUCUGAAAACGGCCCAGAAAACCCCUACAGGUGAAAGGCAAGGAGCAGAUGCGGUCUUGGAAAUCAGCCACCUGCAUGACAACUCAAAACCAACAGUGGGCACCCCACCUCGGUUUGAUGUGGAGGCGGCGCGAGCAGACGCGGCUCGUUCUGGCGCGCCGCGGGGCGGGGGUGACCGCCGGGAGCUGCCGUCACACGCGGACGUCCACGUGGCUUCAGCCGACACCAGAGAGUCACAUUUGGUAGGACCGGGCCAGUCCUAUCGGCGCGUGCCGUUUAAUGUGCGCGGCCAAAGCCCCCUGGUCGCCCACGUCCUCCAGUCAAGCCACCUCGCCGCGGGUUACAGGGGCCGUCUGGCCGGUGGAUGGGUCAAACUCACCGAGGUCAAGCCAGUCCCGUAAUAUCCUUUACACGCGGCGGACUGCCCAACGGCGCAAGUGAUGGACGCGGCCCCGCACCUCAUGCAUUGCGCCACGGUGGCGAGAUGUUAACUACCUCGCCUGGUAAUCAAGGAGGUCGUCGGCUCGAUCCCGACCCUGACGCCUGUAUAGUUGGAGUUUCCGUGUCUCUCUCCCUGUGGUCGUGUGGAUUUUUCUCCGGGUCCUCCGGUCUUUCCCCCCACAUUUAGAAUCAACAUCACGUGUUUAGGAUAUUUGGCUGCUGUACAUUUCCACGUGAUGAUAAGUCACUUUGUUGAGCCGUCAUUUGUGAUAGCCAGGUUGCUUCUGAAAAAGAGCUAGAUAGCUCAGUGGGCUUUACCCUUUAAAAUAAACAUAGUUUCGUUUUUUAUUCAUAAAGGUUUUUGGGUUAGAUAGCGUGAGUAUAAAUGUGUCGUAACCCUCCACCACCCGACACAGCCAGUAAGGUUUGUCACGUAAACACAACGCGACAAUUAGUUUACUGCUUCAGCCCACCGGUGUGUUGGAGAGUAAACCCACAACAUUUACAAUUCGGGUACGACAUUUCGCCGGUAAUUACAACCAGCAUCAUCAGGUGACGGCCGUAGUUGUGGAGAAAUCCUCCUGUUUCGUUUUUUUUUUUGCUACUCCGGGCACGUGGUGGGGUGGCAGGUUCUCAUGCUCAGUUGCACCACAGCCGGUUUUGUAGCUUCGUUUUCGGUUCCUUCCAUCGCACGCCGCAGCUGCCCUUGACUGCAGCCCCGUGUAGUAUCACUGCAUCUGGCCCAACCUAUGCGGACGUCAUCAGCGCCUGGGAAGCUCAAAACAAGCAGCUCAAAGACAAUUACCGCAGGCGGGUUGCGUGUGACUCAGGCUUUGCAAAUGCAGCAAUAAUUUAAACACCAUGUU